AUGACGAAUCCAUCCAGCAGCUACCUGGCCCUGCAGGCCCAGUCCGCGUCCAUUCCUGAUCAGCUUACGGUACAGAUAGUCUCCGGAUCCCACCUUGGACGGGUGUGGCUUGCAUACCUGUCCGCCUGCUCGACGGCUGAAAACCAAGUUGCUGAUUCGGCGGACGAAGCGCUCCGUCUCGCGAGUGGUUUCCAGGUGGCGGGAUUCGGGCAUACCGUGGUAUCCAUGUGGCCAUCCAACGACUAUCUCUGUGCGCAGAUGGCGAGCGUGUCCUAUCACGAACUCCUCUCGCAGGGGCGAAUCCAGAAGGGGAACCGGAGAGUGGCAGCCGCGUUGCAUGCCGCGGUGGCCGAGAUUCGCGAACAGUACCCGAGCCAACCUUAUUUGUGGGCGCAGUAUGUCCGCCUCGGCGCUUAG